ACAGAACAUCACAAAUUCUCGCGAGUAUCGAAUCCGUCGAUUUCAGUCGAGUCUCAGCCUCCAUUUUAAAUCGAAAACGAGUUCUGAACGCAGAACUGAUAUUCACGACCGUCAAUGGUAUUUAUUGAUCAAAUAAUGAGUACACGUACGUGUUUUGUCUCGAACAGCCGAAACUACGUAUAGAGUCAUCAAAGGCGAAUGAGGGGGCUACGCAAUAAGUAGCUAUAAAGGCCUAAAAGACGUAUAAAUCGUGAAGCAAAGAGAGCGAAGGUCGAGGAGCAAUUCUACAAUAGAAAAUUCGUCACACCGAAUUCAUUCGGUCGAAAGCAACGAAAGCAGAACUUUUAACGACGCGCAAUAAAAGAUAUUUGUGUGCUGAUAAAACUAUCACUGAAUCCACCUAUUUCCGGACAACUCAGGAUGGCCAAGGACAUAGGUCAGCGCGCGACCAUCCAAUACUGCGUAGAGUGGGAAAAAAAUUUGAGCGUCAGCCGUAUCGAAAAGUUACAACCAAGGUUAUAACGCUGGGGGAAAGAAAGAAGGAAAUUCACGGACCUCGAAACAUCUGAGGACAAACCGGCACGAAUCAGCAGCACUACGGCACCAUGGAGAAUUCCGGGGUAGAACGAACGCAGUCGAAAGGCAUAUAUUCUCAGUUGCGCCCAGUCGACAGCCAGUCAACUAAAAGUCACAAAUCGCUCGCAGACUAGUCUCAAUCGGGACUCGGCGUUGCGCGACCGACAUCGACUCCACCAAAUUUGGUCAGGUCUUCAACUAAAUAUAUAAAAUCUGAAGCUACGAGAAUCGUGCAAGAUUCCAGUCUAAUAUUCACUUUCAUCGGAGAGUAACUAUUUAUCGGAAAUUACGAGUGCAUGGACGAGUCGGACUAAAAUCCUCGGUGGACGCGAAUUAUCGUAACGUCGCAUACGGAACUGAGAACAACGCUCAAUUUCUGAAUUAUGUAAAGAAAUUUACAUCAAACGACCUUCAUCUGUGAGGAAGAUUCAGAAAGGAGAAAAAGUAGACGGGAAGGACCAGAAAUCCGGAAAAUAAACGAUCGACUAUUAAUUAUAAUCGAUGAGCAGGUUCCUAAACAAAAGCGGGAGAUAACCGACGACCGACGACUAACCGACACACGUGCGUGCUACACACGCUGUGUCGCUGUACCACCCGCACGCAGCUGCCAUUAGUCGUGAUUCGUGAUUCGCGCGGUAGAGCUGGUCGUUCGAAGAAAAAAAGGAUAUGGCGCUAUCCACAAACUGCGCACUCGACCACGAUUGGCACGAGUUAUUUAAGUUCACCGCAAAAGACACCAUAGACUAGAUCUUGUAUUGUUAUUUUGGAAUAUUGUGAUAAUUUAUGUCAAUGAAUCAUAUAUGAUAAAAUUUACACCGACAGACAGGAGUUUAAGUGCCAAAUUAUCAAGUGUUAAAACAUUUUUACUUCGAAGGCAGUGAAUAUACAAGAAUUGUUUUACGAUAGUUCAAAGACUCGAAUGCUGUAAACCGAAUUUAUAUAAAGGCUCUGAGUAAACGAAUGAGUAAAACAAAAUAAGCGGACAAAAAAAAUGUAAACAACCAAUCCAAAGGAAGACCAAGAGGAGAAAACCCAUGUCAAUUGAUUUAUUGUCUUCGGUACGAGUGAAUAAAUGAAUAAUAUUCAUAAUAUAUACUCGUUUUCAACACAAUGAAUCACAAAAAUUUUGUCUCUAAACCGUCAUGGUUACCACAACCCGGUACAGCGGAACGAACAAUAAUCCUCAAAAAGUUGAAGCGACGUCUCCAAAGACGAGGAUUAACGCCAGAUGAGAUAUACAACGGAUUACUGCAGUUAACCACGUCGCCUCAGGUUUUGGUCACACGAUGGCGUGCUCGCGUUCUUUCGAACAAAAAAUCCAACUCGCCCACAAAUGAGUCCGAAUGUUUAUCACCAAGAAAAAAAAUCGAAGGAGACAGAGUUCGAGAUGAUGCUGUGGCGGAAGCGAAAAACGAGGUCGUCGAGGACAUCAAAACCGAAGAAGAAUUGUCUCCUCCACCGAAAUCGAAAACUCCGGAAUUACUGGACGAGGGAGUCGGCGGUGAAUCUCAUUUCUUCGUCAAGAUACCUCGGAAAUCGAUUUCGUUGAAUUUUCAUGCUCUCGAGGCACCGUGUACAAAGAAUAAUCGGAAAGAAAGUAAGACUUGUACGCAAAUAAGCGUAGCAGAUUCGAGUGUCUCCGGUCACGAAAAUCCGACCGAUUACUCGGUGAGUGGAGUAAGUGAUGAGAAAAAGGGUGCUGUGAAGUCAAAGAAGCUGACGAUCGUUGAAGACGUGACGUUUCUCGAGGGAACGAUACUCACCGGCAGGACGUUUUUGAAAACGUCAACGGCGAUGAUCGACCCGACCGAAGAACAACAAAUGGAAGAAAUUAAAGAAGAAAAACAGGUGGAAAAUGAAAUUAAAGAAGAAAAACAGGUGGAAAAUGAAAUUAAAGAUGAAAAGCAGGCGGAAAUUGAAAUUCAAGAAGAAAAACAGAUGGAAAUUGAAGUUCAAGAGGAAAGACAGAUGGAAAUUGAAAUUCUAGAGGAAAAACGGAUGGAAAUUGAAAUUAGAGAAGAAAAACUUACCAGCAUCGUCUCCACCUUCAUGGAGAGUAAACGACGAGCACGACCUAUUUCGCGGCUAAGUAACAAAUUACGAAUACGAAGGAGAUUCCGUCAAUUGUUCGGCAGCGAUCUGACUUCGAGCGAGCUCGACGAGGAAGACGAUAUAAUCGAGAGGUUUUUGCGUAUGUCUAAACGAAAGAAAGUCCGAAAUUCAUCGGAUUCAGGAGUCGGUUUAACCGAAUUGGUGUCUGAAGAUACGUUCAUUAGCGAAAGCGAUUCAGAGCAGCACGUUUCUUCCGAAGAACCAGCCCAAUCCGGUCCAAAAGUGAUCACGAUAAGUGAUGUUCACGAAGAAAAGGACAAACCGGUGGCGCCUUUGCGGUCAAUGCCGUUGUUAGAUUCUUCACCUUCACCGUCUGAUAUGAAAGAACAAAUAAUUGCGGAAGCUUUGCCCGACAGUACCAACUCGUCGAAAGAUUCCGUCGUGCAAGCGGAUUCUUCCGUUCACGAACCAACUAACCACCAAGGAAAAUUAACAAUUUUAGUAACACCAGCGAACGCCAGCUCUCCAGAUACCUUUUCACCUGUAAGAUUAGAAAUCGAUAUACCCUACAACAAUCAAACAUCGACUCCGACCUUGACGACGGAACAUAGGUCUGAAAUUUCAUCGAAAGAAAAUGCUGAAAAGGAUGAACAUACCAAAGCAAAUGAUCGCGUGAAGAUCAAUAUUACUAAAGACGGAGAAUACAAGGUCGUUCUGUCACCGAGACACACAAAAAAUGAAGAAAUAUUGAUCGAUAGCUCAGGAAACCAAAGUGGCGUGACCGUGAUGAUAGCUCAGGAUUUCGCAAGCCAAGGUAACGAGAAAAUAUCACUUUACCAAGGGUUUGAGGACAUCACGCCGGUAUCUUCACCAGGAGCGAUGGCCGGUGAUCCAGAAAAAUCGAAAUCUCCACCAGGAGUAAUGCCACCUGAUCCAGGAAGGUCAAACACUGACGGACAAAGACGAGAAAACGACAAAGAACGCGUUAAAAACGAAGCUCCAGUGCAACCGCAGGCAUCGCCACCCGUCCCAUCGUUGCCGAAAUUACGAGUACGCCGUCCAAGUGAAUUGGGUUCUCGAUGGUGUCCAACUCCAUUGCCCGACAUAGCCCCGAGCGCGCAAAACAUGAGCGUAUCGAGCGAUAGCCACCGGUUCAAACCGAUUUUUCCAAAUCCUUAUCCUCGGAAUAAUGCAACCGUUGCAAGCGUCCAACCAGCACAACCGACUCUAAAUAUUCCCCGUAUGCCGGGAAGAAUCAAUACGGAACGAACAACGAGGACGCUUACGAGUCACAAAAAUUUACCGAACAAUAUUAAUUGCUCGCAACAAGGCUGCCCCCAACCCCAACAAGGGUACCCUGGUCCGAGCUUCGUUCCCCGAGAGCAACCGAUUUUGAGAGGAACUAGCAUUUCUGCAAGCCUCGCCUUGAUAUAUCAACUCUUAGAAUCUCUAAAUACGUGCGUAGAGCUCAAUAAAACGACGUACAAUCCAUCCGACGCAGUGGCAUUGCAAAACCGAUUCAUUAUUGAAAAACAUAUGUUGUGUGAUAAAAUUGCCAAAUUACGGCAGGAUACGGGAAUAUUCGAUUAUAAUCAGCUGAUAGAUAAUAUCCUGUAUUUUUUCGAAAAGAAGCACGUAUUCAAAGGGGGGAAUCUUAGCAGGGAAAAGAUUUUGUAUAUUCUUCAUCCCAAAAGCUUACCAGUUAUGCAAUUAGAAUCUCCGAUGAAUUUGGAAACACAAACCCGUUACGAUCAUGUUGCCUCGCAGCCUCUCAUACGACCUCCCCCUCCCCUUUAUCAAGCGUUCCCAACCACGAGUUACGUCCCUCAAGGUCCCAGCAGUUCCGCAUCCUCGCAUACUCCGCUCUUCAGUCCGAAUCAGCAUACUCGACCUGGAAUAUCUCGAGCAUUGCCUUUCGCAAAUCCAUACCUGUUUACCCAGAGUCAGUUGACCACUUUGCACUAUCAAAUAUCGAUGUACUAUAAAUUACACUUUAUCAUAAAACGGUUAACGGAAGCAGAACAUCGCGUGCAAAGUCAACAAAAACUAGCGGAGACGAGAAGAUCGCAAACUGAGGGAAAUACGACGUUGCAAAUUUGGCCAUCUCCUAUUGAGAAUGUUCCUCAAUUACCGGUUCUGUUGAAUCUACUUUCAUCGGUUUCUCCACCGGUUCAGAAUAAUCUGGCUCGAGCUCCAACGGAAUCGAAUCUGCAGCCUCCCAAUAUUGCUCGAUCGGAAAAAACAAUCAACGAUUCGGCGAACAACGGAGCCGGCCUAACACAAGAACGUCAUCACAAGAGCGUUGACAGGGUAUCAAGAAAUAUUACUGAAACGGUGAAAAAAAUCAACGAGACGAGUAAGAACGAAGCCAUUGCAAAGGAAGCGUGGAGAUAUCGAGAGAGCAUUCAGGAGGUAUUGAAAACUAUGGCUCUGAUAUCACAACCGACUAUUGAUUGUAGUACGACUGAUAACAAUAAUAAUACUAAUGAGCAGGGAACGAAAACACAGAGACCCGGGUCUUUAUCGGUUCCAGAGGUUCCGUUAUCUCUUGAAGCAAUGGAGGAAAGCGAGACGUCGUCUCAGAUCGACCAAAGAACGAAAACACAGACACCCAGAUCUUUAUCGGUUCCAGAGAAUUUAUUAUCUCCUGAAGCAAUGGAGGAAAGCGAGACGUCGUCUCAGAUCGACCAAAGAACGAACACACAGACACCCAGAUCUUUAUUGGUUCCAGAGAUUUCAUUAUCUCCUGAAGCAAUGGAGGAAAACGAGACGUCGUCUCAGAUCGACCAAAGAACGAAUACACAGACACCCAGAUCUUUAUCGGUUCCAGAGAUUUCAUUAUCUCCUGAAGCAAUGGAGGAUAGCGAAACGUCGUCUCAGAUGGAAGAAAGAUCUCCUGAUAAUAAUGAAAUUGAGGAUAACGAUGAAUUGGAAUCUCCUUCGAGCUGUGAACCUAAUCUCGUCAUUGAUGAACCUGAUAUCGUUGAGAUGGAAACGAGUAGUCUGGAUUCUGUGAUAACUCAGCAGGAGGAUUCCAAGCUCAAGGAUAAAGAGAUUACAAGUUUUAGUAUUUUAGAAGUAAAAAGUAUAUCCAAAGAUAUAUUCGAUAAUAUGGAUAAUAUUGAGGAAGAAUCGGCUGAACCAACAUCCCCAGAGGCUUCACAAGAUGCAAAAGAGGAUUAUGAUGACUCAACAACCAAUUCAGAUUUACGAAACUGUUUACGAUGCGGCGAACCGAGCUCUGUUGUUUGCGAACAAUGCUAUGAAGCUUUUUAUUGCUCAUCCGAAUGCCACGAGGCCCACUGGACAGAGCAUCACUAUCUAAUCUGCAAACCAGUACCUGCGGAAGCUCUGGCUAAAUUCUAAAUAAGCCGUGCUUCACCAAUGAACCCUUCCAUGUCUCGAGGAUAAGCUCUCUAGGAAAUAACCGUGCCUUAAAAUGAAAUUUAUUUUUUGUAUAGUUGCAGCUUAAGAGUUGUUGUUCAUCUUUUUAUGAUAUAUUGUAGUUAUUAAAUUAAUAACUUUACAAUCGACCAUUUCAUGGAUUCCUUGCAAUGGUUAGUAUUGAAAUUUGUAUUUUUGGAUGUAAUCAGAACUCACUGAACCUUUUUUUCCACUAAAUUUUUUCGCUAACAACUUACUAAAAACUUUUUCGCAUUUUCAAACUUCACUUCUUGGUCUAACUCCCUCAGAGCCUAAAAUCAACUACAUGAACAAGAUAAUAUUUGGAUCAUUUACACAAUAGACAACCUUAUUACUAAAAACAACACACAUGGAACAUCGGCUAUGCAAACUUCAAUACUGUCAAAGCAAUCGAGACCAAAGUUAUAUAUAGAAUGAUCACUGAUUGUGGUUCUGUUAUUAAAUUACCAAAAAUUGUG